UGACGAAGGGAGACAAGGGGGUGAAAGUGAUCAGGGAGGUUGGUUGGAAGUGAAACGUGGUUGGUUUGACGCGUCAAGCAGCUGAGAAAGCGGAAGUGAAACAUGGCAGAUCAAGGACAUGUCGGAGCAGAGCGGCCUCCUGGUAUGCCGAACAUUGCAACAGUUAUCACCACGCUCCGCAUGCCGGCUCCAUCCCCUCAUAGAUCAUUCAUAGCCAUAUUGGAAGACGUUGUGGACUCCAAUGGCACUCUUCUCUCUAUAGCAGAUGGACCCAUCUGCCACGCCGACGAUCACAUGCUGCGUUCAUCCACUCAUCAAUCAUUCGGGAGCGUGUCGCAAGAAAUCAUCGCCGUCAACGGAACUCUUCUUAUUGCAGGCGACAUUGAACAACAGGAGGACAUCCACAGCCUCGACGACGCGUUGACUCAAGUCCACGGCCGCCUUCGGCAGUUGGAGCAGCGACCUGUCGCCGCCCCCGAUGCCAGCUCUUCCAACACCUCCGAUCGCCUCGAGGCAUUGGAGAUUGACGUCGGCUCCCUCAAGGACGGCGUGCAGUUACAGCAAACCGCAACACAACAGUUGGAACAACGGAUCUGUACUGCCGCCAACCACUUGAGCUCGGAACCGUGUGAGACAGCUCCAAAGUUCGAUGGGCAGGAGAUCUUCUGCGAGUCGACGAAGACAGAUCCGAUUUCAUGGUUCCGCAAGUUCGAGCUCACGUUACAGCUACACUACGUCAAAGAACACAAGCACCACAGGAAGGCAAACCCGACGGCGAUCAAGUUGGCGGACGGAAGGACGCAGCAACUUAUCGAUCGCUACAUUGAGGCCGUACCGGUGUAUCUCGCACCUCAUGCAUGCGAACCGGUGACAUUUGACAUUUUGGACACGGACUUCGACAUUAUUUUGGGAAUGCCUUGGUUUGCAAGUGCAGAUCACACGGUCUACUUCCACCGGCGGACUCUUACCAUUCGCGACGCCUUCGGCGUCGAAGUGUCGUGUAAUAUUCCGCUUCCGCACCCUUCGAUUCGGUGCCAAAUGGUGACGGCCAAGACAUUCCGGGCUACUUGUGCUUACAAGCAGCCUGACGAAAUCGGCCUAUGUUUCCUACGGACCGUCGCGGUAGCCGACUCUUCACCCACGGCCUUGUCUUCGGACCCCCGUGUGGUGCGGUUGCUUGACGAGUUCGCUGACAUCUUCGAGUCACUUAAUGGUGUGGUGCCGGAUCGGCCGAUCUCUCACGAGAUCAUUCUUGAGGCCGGUGUCGUGCCGCUGAAAGGUUGCAUUUAUUGCAUGAGCGAGGAGGAGCUUACGGUCCUCCGCCCGCAACUCGAUGAUUUGUUGGACAAGGGCUGGAUCCGCCCUAGUGGCUCUCCAUACGGAGCGUCAGUUCUCUUCGUACGGAAGAAGAACAAAGAUCUACGAUUGUGCAUCGACUACCGCAAGCUCAACGCGCAAACCUUGGAUUUGAAGUCGGGAUAUCAUCAAAUCUCGAUCCGAACGAACGAUCGUUACAAAUCCGCGUUCAAGACGCGGUAUGGGCAUUUUGAAUGGGUGGUCAUGCCUUUUGGCCUCACCAAAGCCCCGGCGACCUUUCAAGCGGCAAUGACCAACGAGUUUCGUGCAAUGUUGGACCGGUUCGUGUUGGUCUACUUAGACAAUAUUCUCGUCUAUAGACGGUCAUUGGUGGAUCAUCUUGAGCACCUUCGACGAGUGUUGGAGACGCUCCGCCGCGCCAAGUACAAGGCCAACCGCGACAAGUGCGAGUUUGUCUGGCAAGAGCUGGAAUACUUGGGUCAUUUUGUCACACCAGAGGGCAUCAGUCCGCUAUCGGACAAGAUUCAAGCCAUCCAAGAGUGGCCGGAGCCACAGAACGUCACAGAUGUCCGUUCAUUCCUUGGCCUCACCGGCUACUAUCAUCGUUUUAUCAAGGGCUACUCGAAGAUCACGGCCCACUUGGCCAAGUUUCAAUGCGAGGAUCGGCCGUUUGACUUCGGAGAGGAUGCGCGGGAAUCAUUUUCGACUCUCAAAGCCGCGCUAUUAUCUGUGGAGGUCUUGCGCAUAUACAACCCGCUUUUGCCUACGCUCGUCACUACGGAUGCAUCCGACUAUGGCAUUGGUGUCGUCCUCGAGCAACACGAUGGCAUGGACUGGCACCCGAUCGAGUAUUUCAGCAAGAAAGUGCCCGUCGUGCACUCCAUUGACGAUGCAUGCAAGAAGGAGUUCCUCGCCUUCGUCCAAGCGCUCAAGCGCGACGUCACACGCUAUUGCGAGUCAUGCGAGGUUUGCCGACACUGCAAAUCCCGCAACCAUCGUCCGUACGGCGAGAUGCGACUAUUACCAGUACCCUUGCGGCGAACGGAAGCGAUUGCCAUGGAUAUUACCGGCCCGUUCCCCAAGCACAAGACCGGCGUGGAUGGGAUUCUCACGGUGGUCGACCGACUCACCAAGUUCGCCAUGCUUUUGCCUUGCCGCUAUCAUGCCAAGGCAUCGGAGUUGCCCGAGGUUCUUUACGCCGGUUCGAUUCGAACCAAGGGUUACCCCAAGGAAAUCGUAUGCGACCGCGACACUCGGUUCAUGUCCGAUUUUUGGUUGGCGCUCAUCAAACGAUGGGGCUAAUCUCUCAAGCCAAAUUCGGCUCGCUACCCCCAAAUC